GUUCAUGUUACAAGAGAUUAAGAAGGGGAGCCCUAACCCCGACGCACAACUCUUCUCCCACGCCCUCUGCCUCUUCGCAGGACCAACACUUUACCUAUCAACAUAUAUAUUUGGUAAGAGAGGAAAGGAGAAUGGCGGAAUCAUCGACAGGAGCACAUGUCGGUUUUCCACCUUUCAAUUCCGGCGGCGAGGAUAUCUUAUUUAAGAACUACCGUAUAAUAUAUCACAACCCCUACGGCGGCUUCCCCUACGUAGAUAAUGUCCCCGAAGAAGAUUCCAUCGGCAUAGAGGAUAUCCCCCGCAUGAAGGAUAUCCCGCCGUCGGCAAGUGCUCCUUCAGAAGACCAAUCGCAAACGGGAUCAACUCAGAGUGAAUCCAAAAAGCAAGAAAUUUUAAAAAAAAUUAAUUCAUUAUUAUCAUUGAGCCUAGAAGAGGUGAAAUCGUUGAUCCAGAAAUGCCGUUUAUUAGGUUUAGACCUCGAUAUAGACCGCCUCGUUCGAUUUGCCGUAUACUGGAAUUUGCUGCCAAUUGUCAAAUAUCUGGUCGAAGAAGAAAGCGCCGACCUGACACGUCGGGAUAUCUUUGAUAGAUCUAUCAUCUUCUAUCUGAUGCACCCGGGCUCCGAGUUGUUGGAGUAUUUAUCAAAGCGCGACUGCUUUACUGUAGAGCACUUGAACUACUUGGAUAAGAAGAGGAAAUGGUCUCCCUUACACUAUGCAGCGAGAAACAAUAAUUUGUAUCAUAUCAACUACUUACUCACAAUGGGUGCUAACGCUGAAAUCAGAAACGGAGACGAUAAAAUGCCGAUAGAACUAAUUAAUAUAGGCAAAAAUGAGGGAAGAAGUACUGCGCUACUUUUCGCAUUUUGGAAGAUACGCCAAUUGUAUCCGCAUUUGACAAAUGCGCACUUUUAUCGCUCUUGGGGUGACGGGUCAGGUAUACAUACGAAGCGGUUGGAUAUACUAAACUCCGUUUUCGACCCCCCAGAAGACGACUGCUUCAGCUGGUGUCAUAUUCCGUGGAUGAACGGCAUCAUAAUCUUUGCUGCUCUCAGGCACCUCGUACAAGAGAAUGAUUUCAUUGGUAUAGAGGGAACAUAUCGUUCGUGGUUUCUAGGGGCUACCCCCGCCUCUAAUAAUCCGAAGCUUAACUACCGUCAACCAUCGUACGAGUCAUAUUACGAUCGAUUCAGGCCUCCGUAUAUGCAUAUUGUGGUAUAUACCUGCCCAUGUAUUGAGAUUAUGCAAUGCUAACAAAUACAGUUCCCCUGUCUCGUAGUUCGGACCAGAAACAAUUAUAUACGGUCAAGGGAGGAGACUCUUGAGUUGAGAUCAAAGAUACCUAGUAGCUUCGCCCAGAGUCUGGUACAGGUGGAGUAAACACUAGAUGAGACCUAUUACCCAGCCCUCUCUACCGAAGCACUUGCACAUCGAAAUAAUGACCAGGUGGUUUCCAGAGAGUGCAUAGAAACACUCGAUGGCAUACAGGUUGACGAUAAUACAAGACCUAUUCUGACGGUGUCCCAACUGUGGUUGUGGAGAUCUGGGGAGGAUAUUUUA